GCCGGUGGGGCAGCUCCCGUCUGCCUGGGCUCCCCCGAUGGUUUUGCCUCGGCUCCGGGAGAGCUUCAGAUCGCACCUCGCCCUCCUGAGCUCCCUCUGCACUAGGAUGUUGCGGCAGGUUUUGCACAGGGGGCUGAGGACGUCUUUUUCCAGACUCGGCCACUUCAUUGCCAGUCACCCGGUGUUCUUCGCCUCUGCACCUGUGCUGAUCUCGAUUUUGCUGGGCGCCAGCUUCAGCAGGUACCAGAUCGAGGAGAGCGUGGAGUAUCUCCUGGCCCCCAAACACAGCCUGGCCAAGAUCGAGAGGAACCUGGUGAACAGCCUUUUCCCGGUGAACCGCUCCAAACACCGGCUCUACUCUGACCUGCAGACCCCUGGGAGGUACGGCAGGGUCAUCAUCACAUCCUUCAGGAAGGCGAACAUGCUGGACCAACAUCAUACUGAUCUGAUCUUAAAGUUACACUCAGCUGUGACCAGGAUCCAAGUACAAAGACCUGGUUUCAAUUACACAUUUGCCCAUAUAUGUAUCCUGAAUAAUGACAAGACUUGCAUAGUGGAUGACAUAGUGCAUGUACUGGAGGAGCUAAAGUCUGCUCGAUCUUCUAAUCGAACUAAUUUUGUUAUCACAUAUCCAAUCACUCACUUAAAGGAUGGCAGGGAAGCGUAUAACGGGCACCAGCUUGGCGGGGUUACCGUGCACAGCAAAGAUCGGGUGAAGUCUGCAGAAGCCAUCCAGCUCACCUACUACUUGCAGGCGAUCAACUCUCUGAAUGACAUGGUAGCAGAAAAGUGGGAAUCCAUCUUUUGUGACACUGUCGAACUUUUCCAGAAAUCCAACAGGAAAGUCAAAAUGUAUCCCUUCACUUCGUCUUCGCUGAGGGAGGAUUUCCAGAAGACGAGCAGGGUGUCAGAACGUUACCUGACCACAGGCCUGGUCCUUGUGGUCACUUUGGCCAUACUCUGCUGUUCUAUGCAGGAUUGUGUCCGCAGCAAACCUUGGCUUGGCCUUUUAGGGUUGUUAACGGUGAGCUUAGCCACUCUGACUGCAGCUGGAAUCAUCAAUCUGACUGGUGGGAAAUACAAUUCCACCUUCCUGGGAAUUCCCUUCAUCAUGUUAGGUCAUGGGUUAUAUGGGACUUUUGAAAUGUUGUCCUCCUGGAGGAAAACUAGAGAAGACCAACAUGUUAAAGAGAGAACUGCAGCUGUGUUUGCAGACUCCAUGCUCUCCUUUUCUCUCACCACUGCCAUGUACCUGGUCACUUUUGGAAUAGGUGCCAGUCCCUUCACUAACAUUGAAGCAGCAAGGAUUUUCUGCUGCAAUUCCUGUAUUGCAAUUUUCUUCAACUACCUCUACGUACUCUCCUUUUAUGGUUCCAGCCUGGUGUUUACUGGCUACAUAGAAAACAACUACCAGCAUAGUAUCUUCUGCAGAAAGGUACCAAAGCCAGAGGUAUUGCAAGAGAAGCCUGCGUGGUAUAGGUUUCUUCUGACAGCCAAAUUCAGCGAGGACACAACCGAUUCAGAGGAAACAAAUACUUAUGAAAGUCAUCUUUUGGUGUGUUUCCUCAAACGCUAUUACUGUGACUGGAUAACAAACACUUACGUCAAGCCUUUUGUAGUUCUCUUUUACCUUAUUUAUAUUUCCUUUGCCUUAAUGGGCUACCUGCAGGUCAAUGAAGGGUCAGACCUUAGUAACAUCGUAGCAACCGCGACACGAACCAUUGAAUACACUACUGCCCAGCAAAAGUAUUUCAGUAACUACAGCCCAGUCAUUGGGUUUUAUAUCUAUGAGUCAAUAGAAUAUUGGAACACAAGCGUUCAAGAAGAUGUGCUAGAGUAUACUAAAGGGUUUGUGAGGAUAUCUUGGUUUGAGAGCUAUUUAAAUUAUCUUAGGAAACUCAACAUAUCUACUGGAUUGCCCAAAAAGAAUUUUACUGACAUGUUGAGGAACUCUUUCCUGAAAGCCCCCCAGUAUGCCCAUUUUUCAGAGGAUAUCAUCUUUUCCAAGAAAUACAACAACGAAGUUGAUGUAGUAGCUUCAAGGAUGUUCUUGGUGGCUAAGACAAUGGAAACCAAGAGAGAAGAACUCUAUGAUCUCCUGGAAACCUUGAGGAAACUCUCUCUCACAUCCAAGGUGAAAUUCAUCGUUUUCAAUCCAUCAUUCGUAUACAUGGAUCGUUACGCCUCCUCAGUGGGAGCCCCCUUACAAAAUUCCUGCAUCAGUGCUUUAUUUCUGCUCUUCUUCUCGGCAUUCCUGGUGGCAGACUCUCUAAUCAAUGUCUGGCUCACUCUAACUGUUGCCUCAGUCGAAUUUGGAGUCAUAGGUUUCAUGACCUUGUGGAAAGUGGAACUGGACUGUAUUUCUGUGUUGUGCUUAAUUUAUGGGAUUAAUUAUACAAUUGACAACUGUGCGCCACUGUUAUCAACCUUUAUCCUGGGCAAAGAUUUCACAAGAACUAAAUGGGUAAAAAAUGCCCUAGAAGUGCACGGGGUAGCUAUUUUACAGAGCUACCUCUGCUAUAUUGUUGGUCUGAUUCCUCUUGCAGCUGUGCCUUCAAAUCUGACCCGUACACUGUUCAGGUGCUUGUUUUUAAUAGCAUUAGUCACCUUCUUUCACUGCUUUGCCAUUUUACCUGUGAUACUGACUUUUGUGCCACCAUCCAAGAAAAAAAGGAAAGAGAAGAAGAAUCCUGAAAACCGUGAGGAAAUAGAGUGUGUCGAAAUGGUGGAUAUGGAUAGUACCCGAGUGGUUGACCAAAUUACAACAGUUUGACUUGUUUGUUUGUUGUCUUUUCACAGUAGGUCUU